GUGACAUUUUUUUGCACGGAUGUGGCCACAUAUGACGCAUUUGUGCCUGUAGCCGCGCUCCAGCGCGCGCGUUGUCUUGCGUUUUAGGACAAGUUUCGCUAUCAGCCGAUUGGCAGACAAGUGCCGGAUAUGGUUAACUUAUAUGUCUCCCUGUAGAGUGUCACCCAGCCACACUCGGCGCAGAAGUUGGUUGGGAAUAAUAGCAGUGCGGUGCGCAGAGGAAAAAGGUGACGGCGGCUUAUACAGGAGGUCUCCAGCCUCCUCUAAAUUACCCCUCAUCAUCAUCAUCAUCACCAUCAUCCCAGUCUAAGGAUCAAAUCUGCGGGGGACUGCGCUGCACAGUCUCAUUCUACCUACUUCAAGUCAUUCCGCCAAAGCCUGCCCCUGAAUUGUUAAAAAAAAAAAUCGCAGCUGCGUAAACUUGGCCAGAUCUGGUGACAUUGCCUCUAUGUGUUGAACAGCCUGGAUGGAUAUGCGGCGCGCCGAGGGAAUGUGAUAAGCGGGGGGAUUGUUAUCAGUCCCUCUCCUAUUAUAAGCUCAAAAUGGACGCCGACGACAGGCUAUGGAAACAUCACGGGAACAGCUAUUCUUCCGCAGAUCUGCUUGAUAUCUGAGCUGAAAGCCGUUUCAAAGUUGGGCUUCGUAUUAAGGUGUAGGAUGCAGUCUGGAGUGAAGACGCUCUCCGCAGGUGGAGGUGCGUCACUCUGCUGCCUGCUGCUCCUCUGGCUCGUCUACUCCCAUCUGCUCAGAGAGGGCCAGUUGGCGGUGGGAACCUGUGAGAUAGUGAUGCUCAACAGAGAUAGCAGCGUUCCCAGACGGACCAUCGCCCGGCAGACGGCUCGCUGCGCCUGCCGGAGAGGCCAGAUCGCCGGAACCACAAGGGCAAGGCCAGCCUGUGUAGAUGCGCGAAUUGUGCGAAGCCGGCAGUGGUGUGAGAUGGCGCCCUGCAUGGAGGGUGAGGUCUGCGGCCUCCUGUUCAACCGAUCCGGCUGGACCUGCACCAGAGGCAGCGGUCGCAUCAAGACCGUCACGCCUUUGCCCAAGGAGCCGUCGUAGAGAACAAAGAAAAACAGCAAGUAAGUUUGUUGACAUCCAUGGUACAACAGGGACGGAGGCCAAUCACCACCCCAGAACAUUGUGUCCAUUCACCAACUUAAUGCUCCCAAACAAUACACAAGGCUUGAACUUCAGGAAAAAUACCCAGAGCCCCUCCACUCACCACUAUGACAGACUCUUGGCUCUUCAUCCGGUCCAGAUUUCUGAGAACUGUCAGCGAAGUCUCCAGCGAGCAGCAUGGUGCACCAUCAGCAUUGAAUCUCCACCACAACCAAUCCAUGACCAAGACGAUGUAGAGCAAAAGCCCUCUGAGGAGCGUUCAUCAAAAGGGCAGUGGAAUACCCACUGAAGUCCAAGUCUUUUGAAGUUGUUGUUUUGUUUUUUUUGUUGCCACUGUCAGUUCUGCCGGGGAAGACUCCUUCAAGAUAUUUCUUACCUCGGUGGCUUCAUUUAGACUUUCAAAUAUCAGCCCCUUCAUCUUCUCCAGUAUCACCGCUGUGAAGACAUCCAGGGUUAUAUUCCAGCCCAGAACGGUUUAUUUAAUGGCAGCGCUUUCUGUCAUUGGGACUGAGCCAGAGCAUAUCAUCUGUUGGAUUGUAGGCUUUUACACUUUAAUCCUGUGUGACUGAGUAAAAACGUUCAAGGCUAUCACCUCCAAAAUCUUCAUAUACAAAGGAUGGACAUUGUGAAAACAGCAUGGAAGUUUUUUUGGAAUGUCACAAGUACAGAGGACAGAAAUGACUUGACUCUGUCUUUCUUUAAUCAGUCGAGGUCAUGAUGGUGAAAUGUGGACAUUUUGAAUGACUUGGCUUAUAACUUGUAUUUUUUAAUUUUUUUUUUUUUAUGUGGUGCAAACAUAGACUAGCCCAGUAGAUUAUGUCAAUGAACCUCACACAUCCUGUACACACCACCACAAGCGUUUAGCAGAUACGGACCCCUGGCUGAUUUUUCCAGUGUGUAUGUGCGUGCGUAUGUAUGCAUCUGUUUUCAUCGGUAUACAUGUAUAUAUGUGUACAUCUACAUAUAUAUAUAUGUGGGUGCCUGCCUCUGCGUGUGGGUCUGUAUGUAUGGGUGUAUAUACGCUUUUGUAUGCGUGUGUGUGUGUGUGUGUGUGUGUGCACAUCCUGAGAUACACUGUGAAAUAAAUCAUAACCGGUACAUAAUUCAUACUGUUGUACAUUUUUUUGGGACACACCCAUACCAGAGCUCACCAUCUUGCAAACAGAUGCAUUUGUGAUUUUACAGAUCUCAUUUAAAUCUUGAUGGAUGAAUUCUGCUUUGAUUUGUAUUUUCAUUCUGGUCUUUUCUUUAGCUAUAUUUAUAUUGGGGAAAUAUUAUUAAAAAUGGGGGAAAGAUCUAUGCUAUGUCACAUAAGUUAAAUUCUGUAAUUAAAAUCCAUUCAUGUGUGAUUAAAUGUAUUUCAAAAU